AGGAAUGGAUGAAGACAAUUUGUUUGGUGGUGAUCUGAGCGAAAGCAGCAGCGAUGAGGAGACUGAAACGGAAAACUCAAACGCUCCACCUCAAGCCUCUGCUUCUGUAAAGGAGGAACAAGGCACUGUCAAAGAAGAGAAAAAAGACCCCUUGAGACCAAAAGUGAGCUUUUCACUAGCAGACGAUGAAGAAUCCAACGAUGGCAUAUCCAUCUUCAGCGGCUUGGGUGACAGCGGGGCGCUAAAUUUACCCGUCAGCAAAGCUACAAAAAGAAAGGCCCCUUCACCUUCGCCGUCGAACACGGAAGCAAAGCGUGUUAAAUCAGAAGGUCAUCUGACCGAAUCCACGUCGACAGCAGACUUUCAGGAGGCUUUGAGCUUGCUAAAUGAUCCGACUGGAGAUACGUUUGCUGCUCCAACAGCUCCAGCUCCUAGAAAAACAAAGGAUAAAAGCAAGCUUGGUGUUGUGAAGAAGGAGAAAGAUGUACGAUUUGCCUCCGAUGUUGUCCAAAACGAGAAACCAUCAACUAGUCAACAGAAACCAUCGGAGAGCUCGACUUCUAAAACAGAAAAUGAUGAAGAAGACUCGCUGCCAAUCAAGCCUCUCAACGAAGAGGAUGAGCUAUUGCGUCUCAAAAUGCAGAUUCUCAUCUCAAAUUUUUCUCAAGAGCAGUUGAACAGAUACGAGAUGUACAGAAGAUCUUCAUUCCCCAAAUCCACCAUUCGUCGUCUUAUUCACCAGUACACGGGGGUUAACGUUGGUCAAAAUGUUGUUAUCGCGGUUGCUGGGCUUGCUAAGGUGUUUGCAUGCGAACUGGUGGAAGAAGCACUCGAUAUCCAGGAGAAAAUGAGAGAGUCGGGAGAACCUUUGAAACCGAAUCAUCUUCGUCUAGCAUACUAUUCACUGGAGCGACAAGGAAAAAUAUUUCCGCAAAACAGCCAGCGAAGAAAUCCUUUCCUGUGAUCACUCUACCUCAUCGACUGUUGUUCAUAGUGAUUGCUGUUUCAUUUUUCUUAUAUGUAACAUAAGAUAAUGUACAUAUCUCUGUUUUUUU